AUGUCUUCUCAAAUUGUCAUACUUCUUCAACUAAUAUUCAUCCUUUUCAAUUCAUUUUCACAUUGUUGGUGGUUGCUAUCAGAAACACCAAAUAAUGUAUUUCGUGAUGAUGGCGUCCUUUGUGGUUUGUUACCGGGAUUGACAAGGCGACAAAGUGAUUUGUGUCUGCGACAUCCUACAGCAAUACGUUAUGUUGUAAAAGGCUUGAAAGCUGCCUUACAUGAAUGCAAAAAUCAAUUUUAUGAUCAGCAAUGGAAUUGUUCAGCAAGUCGCAAUGGUUUUGCCAUUUCUCAUCUUAAAGUUGGAAGUAAAGAAUCAGCUUAUGUAUUCGCUUUAUCAUCUGCUGCAGUAAGUCGUGCAUUAGCACGAGCAUGUGCACAAGGAACAAUUGCAAGUUGUAGUUGUGGAUUUCAUCCAAAACGUAUCACAAAACAAUUCAAAUGGGCAGGUUGCUCUGAUAAUAUUAAAUUUGCGAAUAAUUUUGGGCGUAAAUUCAUGGAUGCAGCUGAUUUAGCACGUGCAAGUGAUGCUCGUUCAAUGAUGAAUUUGCAUAAUAAUCGAGUUGGACGAAAAAUAGUAUCGAGCAGCGUGCAUCGUGAAUGCAAAUGUCAUGGUAUUAGUGGAUCAUGCGUGAUGCAAACAUGCUGGAAAGUUGUACCAAAAUUAGAGGAAGUUGGCUUAUUGCUAAGAAAAAAAUAUUCGCAUGCUACUAGGGUUAAUUUAUCACCAGAAAGUAAAACUUUAAUACCACAAUUGGGCAGAACAGGAAGUCGUUCUGGAAGAUAUCUGCACAAAUCUGGACAACUAUCAUUCCUGGACAAUGUGCUUGUUUAUUUAGAUGAUUCCCUUGAUUAUUGCAAGGAAGAUCAAUUAAACGAUAUUCGAAGUCCACAGGGUCGUGAAUGUUUUGACAAGUGCAAUAUGAUAUGUUGUGGACGAGGUUACACAACAAUUCGUAUGGUAGAGGAACAGCAAUGUCAUUGUAAAUUUAUAUGGUGUUGUGAAGUGAAAUGUGACAUAUGUCAUCACAUUGUUAGCCAUAAUUUUUGCAAGUAA